AUGCCGACACCAAUUGAACAAGCUCUCAUCACACUCGUGCCGACUCUCAAUUCCNNCCUGCCGCAAGAGCUCAUCGAUCUCUCAACUUCCCUCCUCGCCCAAUCACGAAACAAAGCCUCCUCCCUAAAACCAGAAGAAGAGAUUGGAAGAACAUACACCUGCGCGCACAUCGCUGUCGAACGACUAAAACACCGCUUGGAUAUCGACAAAGUAGUUGCUAGACCACCAGUCGCGCCACGCAUUUACAAGAAACUGUAUGGAUAUCUGGAUGCGGCGUUGAAAGAGCCUGCCACACCGAGGACGAACAGACUGAAGGAUGUGACUGCGGUCGGCACGCCUGGAAGUGGCAGAGGAAGAAGAAGUGCUUUGGGUACACCUGUGGGCACGCCGUCCAAGACUCCCGCGAAAAGUGUGAAGAGUGCUGGUGUUACACCAUCGAAGACGCCAGCCUCUGUCGCGAAGAGUGUGGAAAGCGUCACAGCGUCUGGAAGAAGGACGAGAUCAGCAGUCAAGGCUACAGAAGUGGAGGUGGUGAUACCAGACUCGGAAGAAGAGAGGCAGAGGGCGACAGCACAAGAGCAAGAGACGGACAAUCUGCCGGAACAAGCACGCCCUAUGGCUGAAGCCGUCUGCGAUGCUCUCGAUGUACCACAAGCCACACCACACGUCUGCGCUGCUCUGUCUGCCAUCUUGCGUCUACGAGGCUGGAACGACAACCAGCCAAUGGCUCUUGGACCAACUCCUCGCUCCUCUGCAAAGAAGCGAAAACGAACAUCCACAGAUGCAGAGGAGGUUAAAGCACUCGAGGACUCCUCAUCCAUCACACCAUCAUCCCUUCCAGCCCUCGUCGCAGCGAUCUCCCUAGUCACAACAUUUACACUCCGCAACACAGUCAUCGAUGGCACAACCUACGCCACCGCUCGCUCCUCCGCCAUCACCGCCCUCGACCCCACCUCACCAGCCCCAAAAGACAUCGACAGCUUCCUGCACGCCAGCAAAACAGAAGGCUGGCUCGAACUCCCCUGGUUCACCGCCGUAAAAGCAGCAACCCUACCUUCCGCUCCCGCCUCCCAAACCCCCAAAAGAACAAACCGCCCGCCAAAACACCUCUACACAGAAAAGAAAAANCAUGCUCCUAGACCAACACGCAAAGAUGGAGAUAUGGAUACUGUCAUGGAAGAUGUGGAUGCGGAAGCUGAGGAAGAAGAUUUUGAUGGACCUGGUGCUGGAUUGAGGUCGGGGCUGGGAACUAUGUUUCAGGAUUCGGUGGAUUGGUUGAGUGUAGAUAGGAGGCAGGCGUAUAGGACUUGGGAGAGAAGGGUUCGGGCUAGGUGUGCUGAGAUCGAGAGUCGAGCGUGA